CGUUUGCCCGUUGCUAACUCCCCGAUAAAGCAUUGUUUGUUUACGGGUCGUUAUCCCCUUCGGUAAACAAGGAGUCCUCCUGAAGGUCCAGAUUAUUUUCGGUAACGAACAACACUUAAAAAACAGAAGCGGAGAUAUACCAGGAAUUCGUUCGCUUCCUGUCUCUUCGGCCGUAAUCACGCCAUACUGAUAUGACGUCACGCAGGAAGCGAUAGCUGCGUAACGUAAUCGGCGAGUAUAUAAACCGAGGCGAUCGUAACUUUAUUGUAUCACUCUGGCAGCGCUCGUUUCAAACAAAAGUCAUGUUACAAUUGGAGAUCGGAGAGGGACGACCGAACGAGGGAUGCGAAAAGACCGAUCUGGACGUCACCCCCGGAUUUUACCGCCUGGCCGACGUGGCGACGCACUGCGAACCGGACGAUUGCUGGGUAAUCGUGGGGCACAAGGUGUAUGACGUCACUUCAUUCUUGUCGGAGCAUCCCGGAGGAUACGAGAUAAUUAUGGAACACGCGGGUCGUGACGCAACUAUUGCAUUUUAUGGAGCGGCACACUGGAAGGAAGCGUUUCGCCAGCUGGACAGGUUUUUGGUGGGUGUUUUAGUAGAGUACGAGCGUCUAAAUUUAUUCGACGAAGACCCCAUGGAGAUGGUUUCCGCCCGAUGAGCGUAUUGCCCAUUUCCCACGGCUCAAGAAACGUGUACAUAACGUGAAAUCUCAUUUUAAUGUGUUGUUGUUAUCUUGGCUCUUUGUACUUUUGUACGACGCGUGUUUACAGAAUCGAUUAUUUUUAUAUAGAAAUCAAUAAAGUAUAUUAUUCAUUCA